AUGAGCAAAUCAACAACUGAACCAGAUUCAUCUGGCUUUGAACUUCUUUCUAAUUGUACUACGGUAAUAUAUCGAGUUGCUCAAAUCUAUCAAUUUUUGGUUGCCUGUUUCGCAUUUCCCCCAUUGUUUUAUUUCAUAUUUUUCAAACUUAUCAAAUCGAGUUUUCACGGAAAUCUGAAAUGUGUGUUAAUUGGUUAUUUUGUGACAGUUCUGGCAUUUACAAUCAAUUUUCAAAUUGUUGGGUUCGUUCAAGUUCUGCUUCCAUUCAUUUCAAGAACACCUUGUGAUUUGAUAAUCAAUGGAAGAUAUUUGAAAUACGGUCAUCCAACUGGGUCAUUUAUUAUGACUUUGUCUACACUUUUACCGAUUUGCAUUACAAUUGAACGGUUUUUCGCAAUGAAAAACGCAGAAACUUAUGAAAAAACUCCAGUAAAGCUGGGCCCAAUAAUCACUUUUCUCUUAAUAAUAAUUGAUUUAACUACGGUUUCCAUGAUCCAUAGAAACUCAAAUUUUGAUGCUGGAUCAAUUUCUUUUGUUAUUUUUCCAUCUUUGGAAGUUGGUUUAACAAUGAUGAAGUUUUUCAUAAUAAUUGUUAUAUUCAAUGUGAUCAACUUUUUAUUCAAUAUCAAACUCAUUAGAGAUAAUGCAAAAUUGAAAAGCAUAAAUUCCACAUUAUCCACAAAAUUCCAACUCGAAGAAGUAUACUUCUCAACAAUGUUUGUGAUUACUGUAGUGUUUUAUCAUGUUGCUUUCUUUUGUUCUUAUAUUAUUCUAGUUUUGACAUUUUUAGUCGUUGGGCCUCUUUUAUUUAAUCCAAUCGAUGUAUGGGCUGGAAAUGGAAUUUUAAUGACUAUAAUGGCCACUUACAACCUUGUUAUUGGAAUUGUUGCUGUAAAUUUAUACAAUAAAAUUCAAACAAUAAAAUCAGAAGAACUUAAUGGAAAAGUCCAAAUACAAACAACAGGAAAUACGGGAGCACAAAACUAUGUUAAUGUGACUAAUCGCAUUUGGAACUCGAACUCAAUAGCUCCAUGA